UUACUUUUACAACUAUUUCCACUCUAUAUAGAUACUUACACAACAUAUUCAUUUCGACGACAGUGCCAGUAUCUCAUUGAUUGUUUCUAUUCUUAGACCAGUCAUUCCUUUUUUCCCUUUUUUUCAGCUGAAUCGGGAUUAAAAUGACUCAAUUACCUAAAUUUCUAACCGGCGAUUCUGCCGCUCUUAACGAGUUUCUCGAUAAAUUCGACGUUUUCUUACUCGAUUGCGAUGGAGUAUUAUGGUCUGGUGACCAUCUCUUUGAGGGUAUCGUCGAAACUCUAGAGUUUCUAAGAUCCAGGGGAAAACGACUUGUUUUCGUCACAAACAAUUCUACGAAGUCCCGGCCCGAUUAUCAGAAGAAGUUGACGGCUUUGGGUAUCCCUAGCGAUGUUGAGGAGAUCUUCGCUUCGGCUUACUCAUCAGCGAUCUACAUUUCGCGGAUAUUGAAACUGCCCGCUCCUAAGAACAAGGUAUUCGUUAUAGGGGAGAGCGGUAUCGAAUCUGAAUUACGUACCGAGGGCGUACCGUUUAUCGGCGGUACGGACCCGGCCUUGAGACGGGACAUAACACCCGAGGAUUUCAGCGGGUUAGCCGAUGGGUCGUUACUAGACCCGGACGUCGGGAUCGUGCUCGCAGGAUUGGACUUCCAUAUUAACUAUCUAAAGCUAGCCAUGGGCUUCCAGUACAUCCAACGGGGCGCGAAAUUCCUCGCAACCAAUCUCGACAGCACAUUACCCAUGAACCAUACCUUCUUUCCUGGUGCCGGUUCCAUAUCCGUGCCGCUUGUCAAUAUGACAGGACAAACACCUUUAGCCUUUGGGAAACCGAGCCAGGCUAUGAUGGAUGCGAUUGAAGGGAAAUUCAAGCUCGACCGGGCACGGACUUGCAUGGUAGGUGACAGACUCAACACCGAUAUCCAAUUCGGUAUCCAGGGUGGUUUGGGAGGGACCCUAGCCGUGUUAACUGGCGUGAGCAAAAAGGAGCAUUGGGAGGCCAAGGAUGCAGUGGCCGUUCCGGCAUACUACGUUGACAAGCUAAGCGAUCUUCGUGGUGCGACGCCGUGAUGAUAUAUAUUCUCGCUUGUUCGUAUCGCGUUCCUCUCAAGAUUUGCCGUUCGUAUAGAUCUAGUGUUUAUGACAUUUUAUACACUAGGUAUAGGUACCUAAAUACUUAGUUAUAGACGAUAGAAUGCAUCCCUAUAGACUUAAGAUCCCCCCAAU